AGAGGAAUCCGACGCUGAGAGAUCUCGAAACCGCUCUGGUGGGAGGGAAGCUCUGGCGAGAGAGAAUGAAGAAGGAAGACACGGUGAAGCUGAUCAGCGCCGAGGGCUUCGAGUUCGUGAUCGACAAGAAGGCCGCCAUGGUCUCCCAGACCAUCCGCAACAUGCUCACCUCUCCAGGGAGCUUCGCCGAAACGCAGCUCGGAGAAGUGACGUUCCCCGAGAUCAGCACCACCAUCCUCGAGAAGAUUUGCCAGUACUUCUACUGGUCCAUGCAGUACGCCAGUGGAAAGGAGACCGAGUUCCAUAUUGAACCCGAACUGACGUUGGAGCUGAUGAUGGCUGCCAACUAUUUACAUACUUGAGAAGAUCCCCGUCAUUUUUUCGGGUGACCACUCAUGAACAGAAGAAACCCCUGGCACAUGUAUCUCUAGUAUAUGCCAUGUAUCUCAAGAGGAUUCUAACACUGGAUUCAAUAAUACAACCUUUCCCUUCACUCC